AUGUCUGUUGUCAAAGAAGGCCCUAUAGAUGAUAGUAAGCUUAACGUUUCUUUCAAAGAAAAGAUGCGUAAUGCGUUCGAAGACCCCACACCGCACAGCACUACUUUCAUUCGUGUUAUUGGUGUCAUCGGCGCAGUCUUAGCUUUCGUUGCUGCUGUUCUCGCUCUGGUCUUAUCUAUCACCGAGUUCACUUUCAUGGCGCUGUUCCGAACACCGCUCAACUACUGCGUGCUCGUGUUUUUCAUCCUCUUUAGUAUACUGAUGUUACUUAUUGAAAUCUUCCCCGGGUCGUUAGCAUGCAGGAAUGUGGUCGAAAGCGCUGCAUUUUUAGGGCAGCUUUUCGGUCGGGGAUGGUUUUAUUUUGUCCUCGGCAUUUUCUACGUCUGCAGUGGUUAUAUUGUAUGUGCUGCUGUCGGUGUAUACCUCCUCGUCGUUGGCGUGAUCUUCGUGACGCUGGGAGCUAUUCGGCACGAGGAGGGGCAACCGACUGAGGAAAAGGUGAACGCCAAGGUUGAUGUCGUUGAUGUGUAA